AUGAAGUUCUCCUUAUCAUUACUGACCGUCACGGUCUACCUCACAUCCCUUAUUGCCGCCGCGCCGCCCUCAUCAUCACCCCAUACAGACCUCUCAACCCGAGACGCUUCGCCACUUGAGUCGUACAAUGCGCUAGAAAAGCGAAAAGGCGGUGGUGGUGGCAGAGGAGGAAGCGGCGGAGGUAGUGGAGGCGGCGGACGAGGCGGCUAUUCAUACUCAGGUUCAUCAAUGGCGGGAGGUCGCACGAUUUCCGGCUCCGGCACUCCCAAGGCGUAUGGCAACAGAUAUACCGGCGGCGCCGUCGUACCGUACACGGCGGGCGCAAGCUCGCCGACCAGAGGCAUCGCUCCCUACGCACUUGGUGUGGGCGCCCUUGCUUUCUUCCCGGGUCUCUGGCUCUACUCCUCCGUGUAUGCCUACCCCUACGGCUACCCGUAUCAUUGGUACUACAAUGGCCAGAACCAUACCAGCAAUGUUACCUGCCUAUGUCAACGGUACCAAGUCUGUGGCUGUGACCCUACAGACAACAGCACAUUCCUGGACGAGGUCAUCCUCAAUGGCACCGCUCAGCCAGUAAAUUCGACGAAUGUGCGUACGGUCGACUUUGGAAACGGCUCAGUCUCGACAUUCAUCAAUGGUUCGCUAGAAAAUGGCACCACCGCUGAUGGCGGCACAGAUCCUUCCAAUGAUGAGCAAGCCAGUCCUGCUGUCAAGGUGAUGAUUGACUUUGGUGGCUAUUGGAUCAUGGUCGCCACUGUUGUUACUGGUAUGUGGAUGGCAGCAUAA